UCAUCAGAACUACUGCGGCUGAACUUCUGCUAUUCAUUUUUUUUCAUUGUAUCACUUCAGUGUAAUUUCAUCCAAAUGAAGACUUUGUCUCUGUGGAUAUUUGGGCUUCUGCUCAUCGACCCCACUGGAGUACUAGGACUCCACCACUUUCCAGAAAAUUUUGUUACGGCAAAAAGGGAUCACAGUAACUCUGUGACACUGACCUGCAAUACAAACUUCGACGGACCUUUCACUUGGAAGCUUGCUGCAAAGACGGUGGAUGAGGCUGAAGAGAUUGAGGAUUUGAACAGCACUUACAAGCAGGUUGGCAAAAAUCUGAUCGUGUCAGAUGUAGAUUCACCCCUACUCGGAGAAUACAGCUGCUGGAGUGGAGAAGAGAGGUUAUCAUCAACCUUUCUGCUGGUGGAGGCUGAGGAGGGAGAUGACUUUGAUUCUCUCAUGAAAUGUUGGGCAAAGUCUUAUGACUGUACCUUCAGCUGCAACUGGACCAAGGGUAAAUACACAGCAGUGCGCCUUGGACUGGGAGAUGACUGCAGUGAAGGUAGGAAGUCGUGUCACUGGGUCAACAGCAGCGGUCAGCAUCUGAAUGGGGGAUUCCAGUUUGAGCUGUCCCACUCCCUCUCACCCUACGCUGAGGAAACCAACAUGCUUGUACUCACUGCUGAGGCCAUCAUGAACAACAACAUCCUCAGGAGAACCAAAAGAUUUUAUCUCAGAGACAUCAUUCAACCCGAGAGUCCCCAGAUUAUCAACUGUCAGGAGGUGGAGCAGGAACUGAAUGUGACCAUUGAUCCACCUUCCAGCUGGUCCAGUCCUCACAGUUUCUUCAGUCUGGAGCAUGAGAUUCAAUACAAGUUGAAAGACGAUGGCAAAGAGAUAAAGGUUAUAGGCUCUCCAUCUGCUCUGAUACCGAAGAAGAUCAGCAUGCUCAGGGUUCGCUCCAGAGACCCACUGGUGCUCUCCAACUGGAGCCAGUGGACUCCUUGGAAAAAUGUAACCUACUGACAUUAUCCGAAGCCAGCACUUUGUGUUCUUGCUCUUUCUUUGUCCUUACAUGUCUACAAUUUCCUGUCAUGUCCUCUCACAAACUGUUUUUCACUAUUUGUUUCUGGCUAUCUCCCUUUGGCCAAGAGAUAACACAGCACUCACCAGAAGAGUUUUGCACACAUCAGCACACUAUCAUUAUUUAUUUUUAUUUAUGACUGAGGUCAAACUAUUUAUUUGUUUAUAUAUUUAUUAUUUAAAGUAAAUCAUGCACACAUAAAUCUAAAGAAAAACUUUCAAAAGCACUAUUUGCCAAUUUGGGGUCUGAUAACCAUCAGCGGUCUAUGUGAAGGAGGACACUAGGCAACGACUGUAUCAUUGAUUGUAUCUACCACAAAAAUAUCAGGUGGGGUUAUUUUUUUUUUCAAAUACUAUAAAAUGGGUCUCCACAGUUUUGUCCAUUUAAGGACAAAACUCCAGCCUUGACAUUAAAAUCUAAAGAUAUCUACAUAAUACGUAACUUGCAUCAGAGAUGCAUCAGAAAUUAAAUUUUAAAUUUCCUCUUUAGUCCAGUUCAGUCUGCACUUCAUGUUUCUUGUCCCUGUGAUUUCUGUUUGAGUGAGUUGGUGUUGCUGUGUGUUUUGGUGGUUUUGUGCUGUGCAAAACAAAUGGCUAUUAAAAGAGCAUGUUGCUUCCUUCC